AUGACCUCGGCGCAUGCGCACGUCGCGCUGGCAGUAUCGGCUUCCGAACUGCACUCCCUGGCGAGCGAAUUCUUCAUUCCAGAGCGAUGGGCGCUCUUUAAGAGCCUUGCUCCGUGCAAUGUGUUGAGGAUGUUCGUGGAGUUCGCGAUGCCGCGCCUCCCAUCGCUCUUCGAGACCACCCGCGGGCCCUGCAUGACAAACUUGGCCCUGAUCGAGUUCGUGAACGAUUCGCAGUGGGCCUUGGCAACGCACUGCGAGGCCACCAGCGGGCCCUCUUUGACGCGCGCCGAGACCCUCACGCACGAGUGGGACGUCACGGAGGAGUGCGGCUACCAGCGCCUGAUGGGGCUCAGCUUGCGCCUGCGGAGGGGGGGCUUCGCUUGGUUCGAGCUCCCUGAGGACGCGUGGAUGCCUUGGGACCAGGUUGGCUUCGAGCGCAGCGCGAACCUCCCCCUGGGCAACACGGAGCCUCCCAAGGUCGUCAAGGAGAACAUCCGGAUCCAGCGCUUGGCCACCAUCGGCGCGAUCGUGUGGCUGCGCGGCGGUCACCAAGCAUGGGCCUAUAGGCCAGUCAGCUACGCCCAGAAGAACCACUACUACGUUGCCUUGAGCAAGCUGGCGCUCAAACAGAAGAUCUCUGUGUCGAUCCCCGCCGCGAAGAACGGCCAGCUGAGGAUGGACAUAUUCAGCAGCACGAUCCACAUCAAGAGCCUGUCGGGUGACACCCCCUCAUCGACGACCUACCCCGUGUACAAGUCUACGGACAAUUUCGUGGCCGACGUGGCGAACGCGGUGAAGGCAGCCUUCGAGGACGUGUCACCCCCUGGUGGCAUUAGAGCAUAUUUCGAGGCCUCGGCCAGGGCUCGAGGUGGCGAGGCCGCGAGGGCCCUCCUCUCCGAGCGCGCCGCCAGCAAGGCCGCGCAGAAAACGCCCGCCGACGAGGCCGACGUGGAGGUCGCACCCGACACCAUCUCCUACACCGUCUAUGACAGCAGCUCCUACGUCGUCGAGGGCAGCACCUCUUGCGCCGUCUAUGCCAGCAGCUCCGACAUCGUCGAUGGCAGCACCUUUUACGCCGUCUGA